UGCCCUCCCUCCCCUUUUAAAAAAUCCGACGUUGGGUCGUUCCGCUGCCCCUCCCUCCCCUUUACCGCACGUCUGUAACUUAGACUUCGCCAUUUUAGGGAACGACCAGUACCAUCUUCCUCUUAUAGAGUACAGGGACUGCUUUUGGAGUAAUAGGGAUGGGUAAAGAGUCGGAGAUUGAAACUCCGUCGUCGGAUAUAGCCAUACCCGACGAAUGGUCCGACGCCGCAGAAACCAUAGCCCAUAACUCUGUCUCUUUGCCCCCACCAGUCUCCUUGAUUUGCGGCCCCAAGAAUUGUGGCAAGACUACGUUCUCCCGCCACCUUCUCAACGUUCUUCUUAAAAGGUACAAAAAAGUGGCUUAUUUGGAUACUGACGUUGGACAAUCAGAGUUUACACCCCCUGGUUUUCUGUCACUCACAAUAAUAGACAAAAUAUCUGCUGAUUUGACAAUUCCAUGCCUAAAAACACCAGACAGAUGCUAUUUCUUUGGUGAUAUUUCAUCGAAAAGGGACCCAAAACUCUACCUGUCAUAUAUUUUUGCCUUGUACGAUCAUUAUCGGGAAAAGUAUUGCAUGCAUAAUAAUAGUAGUAGCGCUUCUAAUGGUGAAAUGCCUGUUGUGAUUAAUACUCCUGGCUGGGUAAAAGGCAUUGGCUAUGAGUUACUUGUGGAUAUUCUGAAGUAUACAUCUCCUAGUCAUGUCGUGAAGAUUUGCAUAUCUGCACAGAGUAAGAAUCUGCCAGAAGGGGAAUUUUGGUUGGAUGAGGGGGAAGCUCCACUAACAAACCUAAUUGAGAUCAAUUCAGCUCGUCAGGACUCCUUACAAAGAUCGAUCUUGGUGGGAAAGGAUGCUCCGUUUUUUAGAGACCUUCGGAUCAUAGCUUAUUUUAGACAGUGUUUUCCCAGUGAUGCUAAUAUCACCACAACCAAGGAACUAGCUCGCACAUUAGCUGCACACCCCCCUUACCAGAUUUCUAUAUCAAGCAUCACAAUUAAGCACCUUCACUGCCAGGUGCCUAAGAGUGAGGUUUUCUACAGCUUGAAUGCGACCAUUGUUGGCUUGGCAGUUAGUUCUGUAGAUUCAGAAGACAUGCCUCACUGUGUUGGUUUAGGAAUUGUGAGAGGCAUUGAUACCUCCCGACAGGUCCUUUACAUGAUUACCCCUGUUCCACGCGACAGUCUGGAGAUGGUCAACCUUUUGCUGCAGGGGUUUAUCCAAAUUCCUACUCCUUUAUUGCAAGUGCAGGGCUGUAUAUCACCUUACAUGUCUGCAAAUGCAUUGCCGGCAUGUUAGGAAAUUAUUAGUGAUGCUGCUUGUAACAGUGCGCACUACACAACUUCUCUUUACCAACUUAUUUUUUACUAACUUAUUUUGUAUCGUUUUAAUGUAAUGUCUCUAAAGGAUAAAGUAAAAAGUACUAUCAGAGGAUUGAACUCCUAAUUAAAUACUCCCUCCGUCCCAUAAUUUACUUCCAACUUUCCCUUUUCGUCUAUCCCAAAAAGAACUUUUUCCCGUUUUGACAAAGAAUUUGUGGUUCAUAGCAAUUCUUACACAUUCUUACACAUUUCUCUCUUCUCUGCACAACUCUCUACCACACAAUUUCCACUUUCUUAAUCUGUGUGCCAUUUGUACUAUGGAAGUAGGGACGGAGGGAGUAUCUUAUUCUUCAUCCUUCUCUAGCAUCUUAUAUGGACAAUCUCUAUUCUUGUUGUCCUUAUUUCUUUAAUGUUACUUCCAAAUCAGUUCCAAUCAUACAAUGUCAUCUCAUCUGGUCAACUCCAUAUGUGGUUUGGAAAGAGUUUUCUGUAAGAAAGGAUUGAUGGACGAAUGUAAUGAUGAAAAAUGAUCUAAAUCUAAUAAUAUAACAUUGCGUAUGUUCCUAAUACGAUCAGUUUACUC